AUGGACAAUACUUGCAGCACUAGUGCGGACUAUGAAGUUGGGAAAAAAUUACCGCAUAUCCCUUCCAAAGUGGUAAACCAGUUGGGGUUUAUGAUGUGCUUCAGAGAAUGCGAGGCUUACUCAUUUUGCCUGUCUAUUAACUAUAACCGUAAACUGCUUGUAUGUGAAUUUAACAACAUGAAGAAAAACGCAUCCACGACUCUGAUCAAUGAUAGAGACUACAUGUACAAAGAAAUAAUGAACGACCAGAACAACCAAUGUGGCAAUGUAUCAUGCAAAUAUCACUCCAAAUGUUUGAAGACGGUUUCAAAUUCCUUCAUAUGCAUUCCUAUAGACUGCAACGAACCUGUUCCAACCUUAUUGAAUGGUCACGUAGUCCAGAGUUCUCCCCAUUCAAUCACAUUCAACUGUACAACUGGUUUUGUAGCUGUUGGUAACAAAAGCACCAUCUAUUGUACUCCAGAGGGACGAUGGCAAACAUUAGACUAUGGAUGCGUUUUGGCCUGCCCAGAUGAAUGGAAGGUGAAUUCUGGGGCUGAAUACUGCUUUGCUAAACAGACACUUCAAUGGGGGUCUGCUCAGGUAAGCUAUCUGAAGACGUUACAGGAGUUAUUGAAAACGAGUCAGUCAGACAUUGAUAAUAUGGAAAAGUAA